AUGUCAUCGAAAAAACGUGAUCAAGAGGGAUGCAAUUGCGAGAGAGCCCGUGAAAAAUCGAAGCGAUCAUCAAAAAAAUCAUCAACAAAAGGAAAACCCAGUAGAAAGAGACAGACGUUGGUUUUCAAUCCCGAUGAAGAAACAUAUGCCGAGCCUUAUAUGAAGUCACUUGGUGAAGAAUUUUCCCGAACAACAUUAGUGUGCGAUUCAAAAAUUGAAUUACCAUGGAGGGAAAUUUCGAUAAAAACAAACGAGAUAAAGAUACGAAAAACAAUUGAGGGAAAUAAUGGAGAAUUAGAAACGAAUUUAGAAAAUGAAAAUAAAGAAGGAGAGUCAACUAAUAGAGAAGAAGAUUUAGAGGAGAAGAAAUCAAAUGGUCAAAUGGUAUUACCAUGGAAAUUGUUAGUGAUUUCUGGUGUAGUGCAACCGCAAAAUAUUUCAACUCUCGGCCUAGGUCAAUGUGAUUCUAAACUUGAAAUACCAUGGGAUAUUCUUUGUUUUGAUUCGCCAGUGAAAAUAAAUCCUACACCCGAGGUGGAAUCGUGCAACAAUGAAAUUGAUGAUGUCCAGAUUCCAUGGAAUGAUUUGAUGAUACCACAGAAUCUUGUAAUUGAAGCUAAAAAGAUAAUUGAACAUCCUUCCAAUAAACAUCCACCUCGAUCAGCAUUGUCGGCGAAGCGUCGUGGGUGUUCACCAUGUAUAAGGGCUCAAAGGAAUUCAAAAAAAAUUAUCUAA